AUGGCACCAUACUCAAGCAAAAACGUGGUCAUUAUCGGUGGUAGCCAUGGCAUCGGCCUAUCGACAGCUCAGCUUCUGGUUAACGGGGGUGCAAAAGUCCUGGUCACCGGUCGAAGUCUUAGACCCAUCGAAGCAGCAAAACAACAGUUAAAAGAUAAGGCCGAGAUUGUGUCAUGCGAUAUCACUUCAACCGCGGCCAUAUCUGAUCUUGUUCAGACGGCGCAGUCCUUCUUUGGCCCUGGACAAAGCAUCGAUCUUCUUUUUGUCAACGCUGGCUAUGCCUCUCUAGAGCCAUUCUCUACCGUAUCAGAGGACUCUUUCCGACGAACAUUCGACACCAACGUGUUCGGUGCCUUUUUUGUGGCGCAAAAGCUCUCCCCUCUCCUAAAAGAUGGCGGUUCCAUUGUAUUCACCACCUCGGUUGCAAACCAGGUCGGCAUCCCUGGCAUGGCGACGUACUCGGCCUCCAAGGCUGCCGUCCGGUCGUUUGUGCAGACAUUGGCAGCAGAGCUAGUUAGUCGGAAGAUUCGUGUAAACGCGGUCUCCCCUGGCUUUGUGAAGACCCCAACGAUGGGUGUCGCAGGUGCCUCGUGUGAUGAUCUACGAGAGUUCGAAAACCAGGGCGUUCAGACUACACCCCUGGGUAGAAUUGGAGAACCGGUCGAAGUCGCGCGUGCCGUUUUGUUCCUCGCGUUCGAGGCAACCUUUACAACGGGCUCGGAGGUGACACUCGAUGGCGGGCUGGCAUUAUUGAAGGCGCAUUAG